AACCCUGCGCUAUGUAAAAGAAGGGUUAUUGGUAAGACGAGAGUUGUUAAGAGAAAUUCAAAGAGGAACGGUCGAAAGAUUCGAAAAGCGCGAGGCGAAUGAUAAGAGUCGCAAAUACAUGUGAGUUACGAGCGCGUAGUUGUAACCGAGUGAAUGUUAAGAAUCACGAGGUCUGUGCGAUAUAUCGGAACGGGAUAUUUGUGAGCCCGGAAUUUAACUGACGCUUUAGAAAUGAUACACCCGGCGAUGAUUUGUAUGUAACGAUCUACCGGUGACUUCCGGUCAUGUAACAUUUGUGUUCGUAUAACAAAGCCUGUGCUGUGAAUAUCUCGAAGCAGUGAUACUAUUCUUAGUCCGAAUAAAGCCAUUCUGUGAUUAUCAAAAUCUCAGAGCUGGAGAUAAAGAAAUAUCUUACAAUACUCUAGUUAUAUUGAGGUCACAAGAACAUCGUUGGAGUCAUUGGAAUAAUUACACGUGCCACUCGAUUGUCAGCGUAAGCAAAGCCUAGCGUGGUUAACACAUGGAGGGGUGACCGCUUGGAAUCGAAGCUAUCGACGGACGCAAGACGCGAGAAAAUUAGAAAUAGCCAAAUCUGCGCAAACAGAUUUCGAACAGAUCUUGGUAUAAUUUUUGACGGCAAAAAAGAAACAAAUUUAACACAGAAUCUAUUUAUCUGACCAUGUCGACAAACUGUUGCCAAAAAUGUGACAAAGCUUGAUGACAGGCAAUCCGAGCAGAUUGGCGGCAGAAAUUAAACAGAGUCUGUUACGAUAUAAUAGCAAAUUGACAGCAGAAAGCGUGCAGAGUCUGCGCACAUAACCUGGUAACAGAUUGACGGCAGAAAGCGCGCAGAUUCUACAUAUAUAACCUGACAACAAUUUGACAGCAGAAAGCGCGCAGAUUCUGCGCACAUAACCUGACAGUAGUUUGACGGCAGAAAGCAAGCAAAACGUGCAUUGUUUCCAGACGCGAUGAUAGCUCACCCUCCUGUACCGAGACAUCCGCAUACUACUCUGCAACUCAGUGAAAUCUAUAUUAAGAUGAGCAGCCUAAGUUGCCACACUGAAAAAUCUGGAAAGCUGAGGAUGCCAAGCCAAUAUUAUAAAAAUUAUUAAUUUCUAGAAACUUUCGAACUUGAUAUGAAUGAUUUAUUUGGCGCAAAACCAUGGGUUCAGCCAGUAGCAGUAGUUAGUAAUACGGAUGAAUCGGAAGAGGCAUCAAAUCACCAGAGUACAGGAAGAGAGAUAAAUAAAGAGGUUUUCGUUCGUACCAAUACUAUCCCCUCCACUUUUCGGGAAAAUGAAGCUUAACCCCAUUCUUCGCACUCGCAACUGGAUGUUUGCAAACUAUUCUGGACCGGGCUUAAGAGUACUUCCCAGAGCGCAACCAACGUAACUUCAUAAUAUCAACAGAUGUUAACGAGCAGUUUAUGUGCGUAUAAAAUCGCUGAUUUCUGCAAAACUAUUAUCAAAAUGAUACGUAGAAGUGCAUGUCAAAUAGCCAGUUCAAUACAUUCAAGUAUUAAUGUAGAAAUACACGAAAUUCCAUUGAAUGAACUUAUCAGACCGUUUCCGCCCGAGGUAAACGAGGAGAAAGUUCAAAGUUUAAUGAAUGCAUUGAUAAAUAUCGAGACAGAACAGACAGUACCGCCCAUCGAUGUCUUAUGGAUUAAAGGAACUGAAGGUGGUAAUUAUUAUUAUUCUUUUGGUGGUUGUCAUCGUUAUGCUGCUCAUCAACGAUUAGGUAAAACGUGCAUUAAAGCCAAAAUAAUACAAUCAACAUUGAAAGAUUUACGAUAUUAUUUGGGAAAUUCUACUCCGAAUUUGAAAUAACUUGUAAACACAUUAUUGAUUGAAAUAACUUGUAAACCCAUUUAUUGUAUCAUCUAUGUAUAUUUUACAUAUCAUGCACAUGUAUAAAAAUUUGUGUGUCUAAUCACCAUAUAUGUGAUGUAUAAAAAUUUAUACUAUACACUAUUGUUCACAUAAAAAUGGAUAGAAUAAAAUAUAAGAUAUUUUUACUUGUAACUUGUUACAUCAUGACAUGAAUGUUAUUCAAAAAGUUAUAUCAAUAUCUGU